AUGUCGGCCCACAACCAGUCUCAGCAAAAACUGCCCCAGGGGUUUAAAGACACCAAAACCCAUAUCAAGACACCCAUUGUGCAGAAGUACCAGCAGCAAGUUCAGGAACUUCGCGAUGAGCUUACAGCCGCCCGGGCAGAGAUCAAAAAUCUUCGCACUGUCCCCCAAGCCUUCCCGGAAAACCUCGCUGCAGACGACGAUGAGCCAUUGUUCGUGAGCCGGGAGAGCCAUGAUUCCUCCUCCGACAGCGACCAAGAUUCGCUGUACGAAGCCGCUCCUUGCAUUCCCCAAGGCCGACAGUCGGCCCCCACAGCGCCGAGCGAGGAGACCCUCAGAUGCUACGCCACGACAAUCGCCUACUCUUCGUACAGCAUGCUGUGUGGCACCUCGGAUCGCUCCUUGAUCCAUCGCUUGUUCGAGGCUGAUUUGCAGAAGGAGCCAUCCGGUAUCCUCUGCCCCAAAAAGAUGGUCGAGAUCCCCCGGGGCGGGCACAACAUCGCCUACCUCCGGGAGCAGAUAGCGGAAGGCGCAUCCCUCUUUGCCGCCAGAAUGACCGAGGCCCGCCGCGGAGUCCACCCGGAAGUCACGACCGACGACCACGUCCGCCGAAUUGGCCCCGCAAACAUUCCCGGCGACAACCUCCCAGUCUACUGGAUCGUCACCCUCAGCCAACAGGGCGUGGUGGACUGGGAAGAUGGCUGCUCCUUGGCCCGGGCUUACCGCCGCGUCUUUGAGGAUUUCGGCGCCGAGGAUGUUCAUUGCUUGGUGUUUGAAUCUGGUCCUUCGGGUGGCGAUGACCAGAAAGCCUACGCCAUGGAGUAG